AUGAUGCAGCAACCACUGAAUGAGUGGGGGGAUGCCGGCGGUGAAGUUGCAUACAUCAUGUGCAAUGCUCCCGGUGGUAUGGAAACGCUUGGCGUGCGCACUUUGCCAAGGCUGCGAUAUCAUAGUGCGGAUUCACAGCGUACUAGACACCUGACACCACCAGGACCACCCUUCUUGCUCCCAAGUACUUCAUACCCUACAGUGGGAGGUUACCCGGGACAUUGGUUGGAUCGAGCUUCUACCUGCAGUCAGACAGGGGAUUGGUUGCCAAGCAAGAUGCUCCAACCAUUUGGCACCGCAUCAGUUUACUCAAACCCAAACUCACCGUCAGUGUACUUUGGACCGCAACAUCCAAGUGCUAUACUGCACACUACGCAACCGGAUUACACAACGGAUAUUUCGACGAUUUUGGAUCGAAAUCGAUCUCGGUUAUCGAGCCAGUUCUACACUUCGCCUGUUUAUUACCAUCGUCCAGUUACAUCCAUCCCACAACGGUUUGCAUAUGCUAAACUAACAGAGCCAUCCUCAAGUUCGACCACAACCGGUCCUACCUUGCACCCCUUAUCCAGGACUUGUUUUCCCGUUCCACCUCAGUAUUCUCCAUCACGUCGUCAAAUAUCGCAAAGUUCGCAACAUUUCUCUCCUUCUUCUGCUCUGGUUCGAACCAUUGUGCGUCUGAAUACCACAUCGUCUAUGGAGUCUCGGACCAAUUAUUCAAGAACCCCUCAUCCACCACCUCCUCCUCCGGCGCCACCACCACCACCACAAUACUCAGCUGAAAUUCCACCAGCGGUACCUGCUAGGAGGCGGUCACACGGCCCACGAAGAGCCACUCAAAGUCUUCGUCGUUUUGUUCCGCUUGUAACGUCACCUGAUGAUUAUCAAUCACCCACGGUCAGCACUGAUUUGGACGCUUGUGCUCCUGGAGCCCUGUCGGAUCCGACCAACACUUUGCCUCCUCCACCACCCACGUAUCCCCGCACUUUCAACCUGGAAAGUCACUUGGAUUGUUCUUGUGACUAUGUGCGUGCUGAUCCGGGUCUGUGGCCAGCCGAAGUUUGGUACGAACGCAAUUUCCACACGGUGGAUCGCUGCACAUGUCCGCAUGAUGAAGUACAUCGAUACUUUGAUAACGCUGCUGCCAGUUGGAAGCUGGCAGACACGAUUGCGAUGCUGCCGCUUCGUGAAACAGAAAUCAUCGAUGACCUUGUUGAUAGUACAAGUGAGGAUGAGGAGGAAGAAAGUAAAAGACUGGAGGAAUUCGGGCAAACUGAGGAGAAGAAGAACGCUGAUGGGAAAAAAUCACCCGCCAGACAUCCACAGUCUGACUCCGCCACUUUGAGUAGUGAAGGGACAGAAAACCGACAGAUGGAUUCAUCCGAUGAAUUCUCGAAGGACCUCAUCAACAAAGAGCAUUUAUCAGACAGUAGUUCAAAACGUCAUGAGUUGUCUUCAAAUGUCUGCAAGGAGGACCAAGAAGAACCUUUGACUUUGGAGGAUCUCGUCCCCUCAAAGGGCUUGGUUCCGGACAGCCUCAAAGAUUCACCUUCUCUUCGACUAACCACUCUUGAAAGAAUGUCCAGCGAGACACUGGCUGUCCGCACCAAUGAAAAGCCAUCUCCUUCGCGCACCUUACAUAAACUAAGUUCCAGUGACUCUGGGUGUUCAUCUGGUCUAGAUAAAAAAGCUUUACCAACUGCUGAGCAAAACGAAUGUAUAUCCCCUGGCCCUGUUCUCGCAAAGACCGGGGACCAGCAUGAGUUGGAAACGCGACCACAUGUAGCGCAGCCCCCUUGUGAGAUGGACAAUGAUAUGAAACAAGUAAAACCAAUUUCUCUAGACCAUGAGAAAAAACGUACAAAAACUGAGCGGAUACCAAGCGACUCUAGUCAGCGUGAGAAUGGUGCUGCAACCUUAUCAAUAUUCAACAAUGUGAAACCAGAUUUCCGGGGUCCAUACAAACCAGCGAUGAGCGCGGUUCGUUCUGAUAGUCAGCCUGAACAAGGCUUAACAGCGUUUGUUGGACACCUCCAAGUUGAAAGCGUAGCGGCGGCGUUAGACAAACUGCAUGUGGGUAUGCGUAAUGUAAUCGAAGGAAGUCUGGAUAAAAUAGCGGCGUUCCAACAGAGCCUUGUUGAAGAUAAUAAACCUUCUGUGGUGACACGUCAAACGUCGGUCUCGCGUGCUCAGUCUGUGGAACCAGCAGACGGACACACAAAGGCAUCCGAUGCUACGAUAAACAACGAGGCCGAACCGGAGCUGGAUUUAAAAGAACCUGAAUCCGAUUUGGACCUGAAUGAAUGGCUGGCAGAUUCAAACGAUUCCAGUCUGAGUGAUUAUCCACCGGAGAUGUCCGAGGGGGAGCUGGAAGAUAUGAGGGAACAUCGAGGGCGUCGCUAUCCACCUCGCGACAAACCAGUAGGAGAAGAAUCAGCUUCACCCGAACGAGAUUCGGACCGCUAUUUGCCGCCAUUUGCCACCAGUAGCCAUGAGGCAAGUCACACGUGUACUUCGUCUACAAAGUCUUUUGACCAGAAACCCGUCCGGGAGCAAACCGAUCCCCAUCAGCGUGCCCUGAGACGAUGGGCUAUUCUGCGUGAACAUGUGAAUUCUAUUUUGGAACGCGUAAGUUUAUAA